AUGAGGCUGUGUUGUGGUUUGCAAGAUAUCCACGGUGUACAAUUAGAGGAAUUUGCUAAAUGGCUGCUUCAAAUUGGUGACAGGUUACUUGGAGACAACACCGAUGGCGAAUCAGUAAUUAGAAUACCCAACAACUUGCUACUGGAUAUUGAGUAUCCAUGUCUACAUGAUUUGGUGGUGUUCAUUUAUCCUAACGUUUUACUCCAUUCUUCCAGUGUGAAUUAUUUUAAGGGUAGGAGUAUAUUAGCACCAACACUUGAUGUUGUAAUUGAAAUAAACAAUCAUGUGAUGUCUUUGAUCCCUGGCAACGAGAGGGUUUACUUGAGCUCUGAUACACUAAUUAAUGAAGAUGGUCACAUGGAAUCUGAAUUAUACACAAUGAGCAUGGAGUCAUUGAAUACGUUGAAUUGUUCAAAAAUUACCCAACACCAGUUAGUACUUAAAAUUGGUGUUCCUAUGAUGCUUUUUCGCAAUAUUGACCAAUCCAAUGGACUAUGCAACGGUACGCGAAUGAUGAACAUGUCACCUAAUAAUGAUAUAUUACCGAUUAGGUUUACUCGACGACAGUUUCCGGUUGCGCUUUGCUUUGUGAUGACCAUAAACAAGUCCCAAGGUCAAACGCUAUCAACCGUUGGCGUGUAUCUUCCAAGGCCUUUUUUUACUCAUGGUCAGCUUUAUGUUGUGCUCUCUCGGGUCAGCAUGCAUUCUGGACUGAAGAUAUUAUCUGUUGGUUCUAACGGCACAAUUUCAGAUCAUAUUAUUAAUGUUGCCUAUAGAGAAGUUUUUGCUGGCUUGCUACCUAACAUUCUGCCUUGA